AUGGUGCUACUAAUGGUGCUAUCAUUAUGUGGAGCAGAGAGCCGGACCGAGAAACUGGAAGAGCCCCUGGAGCUUUCGGACACGGUUGCCGUAGCUGUUGACAGCUCAAAUUCUCACGUAGCUGCUGGAGAUGACUUUGUAGAAUCUAGCGAUGCCAAAGAAAAUGUGACUAUACUUGCCGAAACGGGUGUUCUCGAAGAAAAAUCUGUUGAAGAACCAGCACCGAAGAGAAGAAGAAAUUACACAAACACAGAAGAAGAGCUGGGAGUAUUCAGUACCAAGGAUACCACGUCACCUUGA